AUGUCCUCCAUGACUCCCAUCUCUGGCUUUGCUGGCCGCUGGCCCCUGAGACGAGGCUGGGUGACCCUCCUGACCACCUUCCACGGAACAUCAGCUCAGCGGAGGUCUUCUCCUCUCUUCCCUCUUCCUCCUCCGCCCUCUGCAGGCAUCACGUGUCCUACCCCCACGUCCGUGGAGCAUGCAAACAUCUGGGUCAGGAGCUACAACGUGAACUCCAGGGAGCGGUACGUCUGUAACUCUGGCUUCAAGCGGAGAGCCGGCACGUCCAGCCUGACUGAGUGUGUGUGGAACGAGACCACAAAGGCCGCACACUGGACAACUCCCAACCUCAAGUGCAUCCGAGACCCCUCCCUGCCUCACCAAAGGCCGGUGCCACGCUCCACGGCAGCGACCACGGGGGUGACCCCGUGGCCAGAGAGCCCCUCCCCCUCUGGAAAAGAGGCCACGGCUUUAUCCCCCAAAUCCGACUCCACAGUGGCCACAGCUACUGUCCUGGGCUCCCGGCCGAGACCAUCGAAGACGCCUUCCAUGGGCACCGUGGGCAUGGGCAGUCCCGAGUCCUCCCACGCCCCCUCUCACACGACAGCCAAGCCCUGGGAACGCACGUCCUCCACCUCCCCUGAGUCACCAGGUGUGUCUUCACGCAGCCUCAGAGAUGUCACUGACUCGGGUGACAGUCGUAAGUGCCCCACACUCCGGGCCAAUCCUUUCGAUGUAGUAAAAACGGUCCGGAGCUUGCCCCUCCUCCUACAGCCCCUUUCUCCACACGCUUCUUCCUUCUCCUUGCCGCUCUUCUGCUGCCAUAAAAAGUUGCAAGUAGCCAGGCAAGCCUCCCGGCAGCGUGGUGUUGAAGUGGAACCCACGGAGACCGUGCCGAUGGCCGGGGGGACUGGCAGCGGAGAGGAGGACACGGCGCUCUGA